AUGGCUUCUUCCAUUCUUCGUCGUACUUUGGCCACUGCUGCUGCUCCUUCCUCUGUCAAGAUUGGCUUGAUCCCUGCUGAUGGUAUUGGUAGAGAAGUCAUUCCUGCUGCUCGUACUGUGCUCGAGUCGCUCACCGAUGGUCCCAAGUUUGAAUUUGUGAACUUGGAUGCUGGUUUUGAGCAUUUCCAAAAGACCGGUACAGCUCUUCCUGAAGAGACUUUGGAGGUCUUGAAGAAUGAAUGUCAAGGUGCUUUGUUUGGUGCUGUCAGCUCGCCAUCCCACAAGGUUGCUGGUUAUUCAUCUCCCAUUGUUGCUCUCCGUAAGAAAUUGGAUCUUUACGCCAACGUACGCCCUGUUGCCUCUGUCAAAUCGCCUGCUUUCCCUGAUCAACGUGAACUUGAUAUGCUCAUUAUUCGUGAAAACACCGAAUGCUUGUAUAUCAAAUCCGAACGUCAAGAAGUCGAUCCUGAAACCGGUCUCAAGGUCGCAUGGGCCGAUCGUAAGAUCACUGAGUAUGCUUCCAAGCGUGCUGGUACCAUGGCUUUCAAUAUGGCAUUGACUCGCCAAAAGUUGCGUGAGCAAAAGCCUUUGGAUAAGCGAUUCUGGAAGCAAAAUCCUCGUGUCACCAUUGUUCACAAAUCCAAUGUCAUGAGCGUUACUGAUGGUUUGUGGCGUGAAACCGUUCGCGCUGUCAAGGAGCAGAACCCUGAAAAGUAUGGUGGUGUUGAUAUGGAAGAACAGCUUGUCGACUCCAUGGUGUAUCGCAUGUUCCGUGAACCUGAAGCAUUUGAUGUUGUUGUUGCUCCCAACCUUUACGGUGACAUUAUCAGUGAUGGUGCUGCUGCUUUGGUUGGUUCCUUAGGUGUUGUCCCUUCUGCCAAUGUCGGUGAUAACUUUGUUGUUGGUGAGCCUGUCCAUGGUUCUGCACCUGAUAUCGCUGGUAAGGGCAUUGCCAACCCUAUUGCUUCCAUUCGUUCCGCUGGUCUUCUUCUCGAGCACCUCGGCUAUACCCAACAAGCCCUCAAGAUGUAUGAUGCCGUGGAUGCUGUUUUGGCUGAAGGCAAGGUCUUGACCCCUGAUCUUGGUGGCAAGAGCUCCACCACCGAUGUCGUCAAUGCUGUCCUUAAGAACCUUUAA